GGAUAGUCAUAGGAGUACUAGGUAAUAUUGCAAGAAUUGGUUGUAAGAUACCCAUUUGGAUUCUGUCUGAUUCUUGUUGAUUUUCUACUGACAUUCGGUUUGAUUCGUAUCGUAAAAGAUAAAAGGUGUGUUUUUUUGUUGGUGGGAUAAUCAAGAAAGAGAGAGAGAGAGAGAGAGAGAGAGAGGGAGAGAUGGCGGAUGGUGUGGAAGCAGCGGUGGUGGACGAUGGUUCUACGAUGUUUAGCGAGGUGGAGGUGAGAGAGAUGUCUGGGUUCAAGCGUGGCGGCGAUGAUCACGUGGAAGUCACGUGCGGUUGCACUAGCUACUGCUACGGCGACGCCGUCGGCACUCUUAGGGUGUUCGCUAGCGGCGAUCUCGAAAUCCGAUGCGAUUGUACCCCUGGUUGUCAAGAAGACAAGCUGACACCAGCUGCAUUUGAGAAACAUUCGGGUAGGGAAACUGCGAGAAAAUGGAAGAACAACAUUUGGGUGAUUGUUGAUGGAGAGAAGGUGCCAUUGUCAAAGACUUCACUCCUCAAGUAUUACAACAAAGCGUUGACCAAAACAGUCAACAAAUCCCAAACUGGUCAACGAGUUUGUCACCGAGAUGAGUUUCUUAAAUGCACACAAUGCAAUAAACUCCGCCGAUUUCAUCUCCGAACAAAAGCAGAAUGUCGGGCAUACCAUGAUGCUUUUAUCAACAACAAUAACUGGAAGUGCUCCGAUAUGCCGUUUGACAAAAUAACAUGUGAUGAUGAAGAGGAAAGAGCAAGCCGGAGAGUGUACAGAGGGUGUUUGGUGUCGUCAACAUGCAGAGGUUGUACAUCCUGCGUUUGUUUUGGUUGUGUUACUUGUCGUUUUUCUGACUGCUGUUGUCAGACGUGCAUUGACUUCACAAGCAAUGCAAAAGCUUAACGUAGGUGUCCUUCUGGAACAUAUCAUCAUUUUUAAUCAUUCAGUCUCAUUGCAUUGAGAUCUUGGUCGUUGACAUUAAUUACUAUCCCUUCGUUUUUAACAUGAGACUUAAAUUUUGCAUUUCGGCAAAACCCUCUAAUUAAUGUCGUUUAAUGUUAUUCAAUUUGAAAUCCAAAAUUGAGAUGUUCGCUUUUUGUUGCACUUCGAUUAAUAGCCGAUAACUAUAUUGUGUUCUUGUUGCAAGUUAUGUAGAAACAUUAAGCUAUAUGUCCG